AUGGGCCGUACCGCAUGUACUGACGGACGUACUGAUGGACUGUCCGACUACUUUGAUCCGAUCUUCGAGUUUAAUCAUCAGGAAUUCUCUAAGGCAACAAUACUGAAGCUUUCAGAUGAUCUCAGUCACAUUUGGUCCAGUUCAGUUUGUGAGAAACUUCAUUCAGACCGUGCCGACUGUCCGGCUCAUGUACUGGUCCUUACCGCGGGACGUGCUGCCGGAUACAUUGAAUAUGGAAAGAACUACUCGAAGAGACCAUCGACCAGUCUUCUUGUUUUUCCGUGUUUGACUAGAUCUGGUCAAGAAAACAUGAGCAGUGAAGAGGAGAAGAACCGUCCCGAAAAUUCUAUGGCCGAUUUAUCUAACCUGCAGAUGAGAGCCUUGAAUGAUACUAUGACUAACCUUAUGAAUGCAGGUCUUGAUCAAAUCCAUCAGAGGCUAGAUGAGAUCCAAGGGAGUCAACAAACGAGAUCUAGAACCGGAGCAAGAAGAGCCCAUUCUAGGAGACCCAACCGGUCCGACCAUGACAUCCAUGAGGAGGAGGGUUUGGGUGAUCUUAAAAAGGUUAGACUUGCUGCUGCUGAAUUUUCUGGCUAUCCUAUUAACUGGUAUGAUCGAGUUGUGACUCACAGGAGGAGAACAGGUGAGGCACCAGUUGAUACAUGGGAGGAGCUUACCAUGCUGAUGAGGCGACGCUUUGUACCUGACCAUUACCACCGUGAUCUACAUCAGAAACUCAGGCGUUUGCUUCAGGGUACUAAGUCAGUGGAGGAUUAUCAUCAGGAAAUUGAGAUAUUGAUGAUCAAGGCUAAAGUGGACGAACCUUUAGAUGCCACCAUGGCUAGAUUUCUAACCGGGCUCAACCGUGACAUCCAGGACCGUAUGGAGCUCCAAGACUAUGACAACAUGGAGCAGAUGCUACACAAGGCCAUCCUGAUCGAACAGCAAGUCAAGAGAGAGAGUUACUCUAAGUCGGCCUAUGCUCCAAAACCGUCAUUCACUCUUAAGCCAAACUACCAAGAAAAAGGUAAGUCUUCUUCCACAACAAAUAUUGCUUUGAAAACUGAUGUCUCUACUCGUGUUGACAAAGGAAAAGCAGUUGAGAACCCAAGCCGGGAAAAAGACAUCAGAUGCUUCAAGUGUCAAGUUCUAGGACACUAUGCCAACAAGUGUCCAAACCAACGGGUGAUGAUUCUCAUGGAUAAUGGUGAAGUUGAGUCCGAGGAUGAAAAGGAAGACAAGGAGGAUCUUGGACCAGUUUUUGAUGAGGAUGAGGAAACCUUUGAUUACCCAGCCAGCGGUCCACUUCUUGUUGCUAGGAAACUCUUGGACGACACUCAUGAGCCCAUUUUCGAUGAGGAGGUCGAUGGUGUGAUUGACGAGUCCUGUUCGACCUUCAUGGAGGAUUCUGGUCCGAUCUUUGAUGAGGACAGCCUUGACUACCCAAUAUCUGGUCCAUUUCUUUUCACUAGACGUAGUUGCACUAAUGUGUCUAGUGACACCCUUGUAAAGAAACUUGGGCUUGUUACUCGGCCUCUUUCUCGUCCUUUCAGGCUUGAGUGGCUAAAUGAAGCUGGUGAGCAGUACGUUAAGGAGCAAGUCACCGUUCCACUCACCAUUGGUCGUUAUGAGGAUGAGGUCGUGUGCAAUGUCCUUCCCAUGGACGCUUGUCAUAUCCUUUUGGGUCGUCCUUGGCAGUUUGAUAACAGGAGAGUACAUGAUGGGUUCACAAACCGACACUCUUUUGAUCACAAGGGAAAGAAAAUCACCUUGGUUCCCUUGUCACCUUUGGAGGUUCAUCAAGACCAGGAUUUUUCUGAUGUUUUUCCAGAAGAAAAUCCCAAGGGAUUGCCACCAAUAAGAGGCAUUGAGCAUCAGAUCGAUCUUGUCCCGGGCGCUUCACUACCAAACCGAUCAGCGUACCGCACCAAUCCAGUUGAAACCAAGGAGCUCCAGAAACAGAUUGAAGAGCUGCUUGAGAAGGGAUACAUCAGGGAGAGUCUCAGCCCUUGUGCCGUGCCUGUUCUACUUGAGUUUCAAGGCUCCUAA